CAUUCCUCUCCACAAUAUUUAGGCAUUUAGUCGCAUUAACUUGUGUGUCUGAUACAAUUGUCCCUUUACAAUUUUUAUGACAUUUUAUUUAUCUUGAUUUUCAGGUUGUACACCAGCAGUUCAAACAGUUUCAAGAAUGGCAGUAUCUUGGAAUAUUCCCCAUAUAACUUAUGUUGGUACUGACGAAUCAUUGGACAAUAAGAAAGAGUUUUCCACUUUAUCCAGGCUAUCUUUUACAUUAAAUAAUUUUGCUAUGUUUUACAUCGAAGUCUUCAAUGAGUUUGGAUGGUCAUAUAUUGCUAAUAUAUAUGAUACCACACAGUUUAUUACCAACCUUGUGGGAACAAGCUUUCAGCGCAGUUUUACAUCCGAAGCUCCUCAUUUGUCAUCAUUUCCUUUGCCCUUUAAUGCUGCGUCGAAAGAUUUGAAGGCGGAGCUAUGGAGGGUCAUAAGAAAGGCAAUCUCCAAAGCAAGAGUGUUCAUAGUGUCGUGUCACGGAGAUGUAUUCCGGCAAAUGGUUCUUUUAGCCAGGAGUUCUGACCUCGUCGAUGGAGAGUAUACUUUCAUAUUUUAUUUUGAACUAAAAGGUGCACCGCCUGUCGGCAAAUAUACAUGGCGUCGAGAUGACGAUUUAGACCAGGAGGCCCGCAACGCAUAUGAUGCAGUUAUGGUCAUUCGACCACGAAGGCCGUCGUCACAAGCGUUUCUUGAGUUUGAACAAGACGUGAAAGACAGAGCAUUCACAGAGUAUAACUACACCUGGAAAGAUGAACACGAGGUCAGCAUAUUUAAUAUUGGACACUACGAUUCGUUUAUGCUCUAUGCAAAAGCAUUAAAUGAAACGAUAUCUGCCGGAGACGAUCCGAGGGAUGGAGGGAAAGUCGUUAAAAGGAUGUGGAACAGAACGUUUUCCGGCAUUGGUGGUCCAGUAUUUAUGAAUGAAAAUGGCGACAGGGAUACAGAUUUCACCUUACUAGACCUUGACCCAAUUUCAGGAGAAUUCAAUGUAGUCGCACAAUAUUUGGGUUGGACACAUAAGUUCGAAUUUAUUCCGGGAGUGUCAAUACACUGGCCUGGUUCAGGAGGUCCGCCUCCAAACGUUCCAGUAUGUGGGUUUAAUGGAGAGCUCUGUGUCACAUAUAAUCUGCCACAAUCUGCGAUAGUCGCUAUUAGCCUUAGCUCUGUCAUUGUUCUUGUUAUUGUGGUUGGAUUGUUCGUAUACAGACGGUUGAAAGCAGAAGCAGAAAUCCAUAGUCAAUGGUGGCGUAUCAAUGCAGCCGAUAUUGUCAUGCAAACCAACUCGUCAUUUUACUCAAACCGCAGUAAAAUCGAUGGUGAAGACAGAUCAUCACUGUCACUUGCCACAUAUGCUGUUUGCUUCCAGACAGUUGGUGUUUAUCGAGGUACCCAGGUACAUAUUCAAAAGCCAAAGAUAACGUCUUUACCAAUCGAUAGGAAACUACUUCUGGAGCUUAAGCAGAUGCAUAAUGUAACAAGUCCGAACCUAACCCGCCUGAUUGGGAUUUGCCCUGAGGCUAACAAUGUUUGUAUCUUGACCGAGCAUUGCUCUAGAGGAAGCUUGCAGGAUAUUCUUCAUAAUGACUCAAUUCAACUGGAUUGGGAUUUUCGUAUUUCCCUGAUCAAUGACAUUGUUGAGGGAAUGUAUUAUCUUCAUACUAGCCCGAUCCAAACACACGGGAGACUAACAAGCUCAAGAUGUGUGAUAGAUAGUAGAUUUGUCCUUAAAAUCACCGGUUUUGGAUUAGAUACCAUAAACAGCUUAACAAAUAAACAACAAACUACAGAAUCAGCAUACACAUCAAUACCUGAGCUAGUAUGGAUGGCACCUGAACAUUUACGUGUUUAUCCACCAAGAAGAUCCUCGCAACCUGGUGACGUUUACAGUUUUGCAAUAAUCUUAUUUGAAAUGUGUACAAGAAAUGAGCCAUACGUCAAUGAAAAUUGGUACACAUCAGUAGAUGGUAUGUUUUCAGAUUUUGAAAGUUUAUACAAAAUGCACAUGUUUUAUACAACAGAUACCUUAAAAAGGAUAAAAAGUAAAGGCAAUUCAGUGACAAGACCAACUAUAGACGGAACGGACUCAUUUCCAGAAGUUGUAGAACUGGCGAAGAAUUGUUGGCUCGAAACUCCUGAAACUAGACCAACGUUCUCAUUUAUUAGAAGAGUAAUCAAAUCUGUUAAACUUAAAAGAAAAAUGAACCCUACCGAAAAUGUCUUGGAUGUUUUGUUACGUCGUAUGGAACAGUAUGCGAACAACUUGGAAGGUUUGGUUGCAGAAAGGACCCAGGCAUUCCUUGAAGAGAAAAAGAAAUCUGAAGAAUUAUUGUAUCAAGUUUUACCAAAAAGUGUUGCAGACCAGCUACGAGUAGGGAAUGCUGUCAGCCCCGAGUCGUUUGAUUCCGUCACAAUUUACUUCUCUGACAUUGUAGGUUUUACGACGAUAUCAGCAAAAAGCACGCCAUUCCAGGUGGUUGACUUUUUAAAUGACCUGUAUACUUGUUUUGACUCAAUCAUAGACAACUACGACGUUUAUAAGGUUGAAACAAUUGGAGAUGCAUAUAUGGUAGUAUCCGGACUACCUGAGAGGAACGGAAACGAACACGUGCGCCAAAUAGCUCGAAUGGCUCUGAAUAUAUUACACAGCGUGCGCCAGUUCACAAUACAGCAUCAACCCGAGACGCCUCUAAAAGCUCGCAUAGGUUUACAUUCAGGUCCUGUUUGUGCGGGUGUUGUUGGUAGGAAAAUGCCGCGUUAUUGCUUGUUUGGUGAUACAGUAAACACUGCAAGUAGAAUGGAAUCAAAUGGAGAAGCAAUGAAAAUUCAUAUCAGCGAACAGACAAAGCAGUUGUUAGAGGAAGAUGUCAACUUUAACAUUGAAGAUAGGGGUACAAUUGAUAUCAAGGUUUGUAGAUAAAAUUGUAUUGAUAAGUUUCAAUUAAAGCAAGCGUUUUAUCAGUUAGCCUGGUGACGUCCCCUUGUGGCUUAUGAGUUGCCUUUGAGGGUUGAGGCAUCCGAAAUGCAGCCACAGUUUAUC